CUAAAACGAAUGAAGGUUGCAUUAUGAUUGGCUAAAAAAGAUUAUUUUUAUAAUAUUUCAAAGGGGUCCAGCGAUAGUGAGUACAAAUCAACAAACGGAAAUAAAUAGUUUACGAGAAAUACCCCGCUGAAGCUGCUGCUGCUUUGGUGUGGUAGUUGAAGGCGGGGUCGGUGCAGCAUUGAUAUAAAGGAGGCAGCAGCACCACAUCUCGCUCGGGCAGAUCGUAAUGCGAUGGCUUUUCCGGGACGUAAGUCAUCGCGUGGUACGCGGCGGCCGUCGAAACCACUUGGACCCAAUACUUGUCGACAGCGGGCACUUUUUUGAGCUUGGUGGCGGCCGCGGCGGCAAAUGGAACGGCCGUGGCGGCAAACGGAAGGUACUGCUGGAUCCACGUCACGCAGUCCCACACGUCCUCGGCCUUGAGGUGCAGAAAGUGCGCCAGCGCGUACAAGUUGUGUCCGGGCGCGACGAGGAACAACGCGGCGGCGGCCAUCAUGCUCGGCAGAAAGUGCAGGCAGUUGGCGUCCAGAAGCGACACGUCCAGCAAGUUGCUCGCGAUGUGGAACACGUUGGCGCGCUCCAUAUCCCGCGCGUGAUUCGUGUGCUGGAGUUGCUUGACGUCGAAGUGGUCGCAGUGGUCGUGGACGUAGCACGGCGACGACGACAGUCGCACCGGGUCCUUGUACAGUCCCAGACCCUCCAUCGUCAUGAGCAGCCACGACACGGCCGUCGCGGGGUACAGCUUCCACUCGAGGGUCUUGAGCAUCGCCUCCUCUUCCGCCACGACCUCAUCCUUGGUCGUGUAGAUCGAAUGGGGUUUCUUGGCUUGUUUCUUGGAUCGCGACGUCGCCGCUCGCUUUCUCGUCGUGGGUUGGUCCACGAUUUCGCCGCUUUCCCGCUGCACGGCCUCCAGGAUCUCUUGGAUUGAUGGAGGGCUCACUUCUUCGAUCUUGCAUGCAAUGACAAGCGCAGCGGACGCGAUGACCACGUUCGGAUGCUCUGGCGUUUUCAUGUGGCCCAGAUGCGCUGGACACAGGUAUCCAUGGUGAAUCAAGUUGGACAAGAGCACCCGCGUCAAGUACGAACAUGCCAAGUGGCACGUCUCCCGCUUCAACGCCAACGAACUCCCCACACACACGAUGCGAUGCACUAGUCGCGCCCGAUACGCGUGAAAGGCCGACCAUUCCAAGGGUGUGAGGGAGGGAACGUAGUCGCGAACGGAGUACACCUUCUCGAUCUCGCGAAGCCGAUAGUUCCGGACCACGUCAAAGUCGAGGUCGAUCGUGUCCUUUGUCAUGUCAUGUCCCAUUUGUGUGUCGAGCAGCCGAUGCUCCAUGCUGUUGGUGUUGCUGGCUCGGUACAUACCAGAGUACAUCCCUUCGACGAGCGAUAGUCCGUUGGGUCCUCUGAGUCCUUCCUUCGACUCCAGCCGGCCUUCCUUCGAUCGACAGCGCACGGAACAAGGCUUGUGGUCUA